GCCGCAUCUCCUUCUUCUCUUUCAAUCAGUCGACCAAAGCUUACCGCUAGAUUGAGUCUUGGAUUACAUCUCUUACCUGCUACAACUUGGAACCGGAAUUUUGUGGGAACGGCUCAAUUUGCAUUGGGAAAGAAACUUAAAGGGCUCAAAAGGCCCCUAAAAUUACUGAAUACCACGGAAUUUGGCCACAUCUCCAACAAAGUUAAGAUGGCAAAGGAAGAAUUUAAGCGGUUGCAUAAAUUAGCACUUCUAGACCCGGGGGAUCUAGAUAUUAAGGCCCAAUUGUCCGAGGCUUCAAAGAGGGCUAUUUUUCUUGGUGAGGCCGAGGCAACUUUCUUCCAACAAAGGGCCAAGGCUACGCAUAUUCUUGAAGCGGACAAGUGCACCAAAUAUUUUCAUGCAAUCGUUAAAAGAAAUUUGGCAAGGAAUACUAUCUCUUCGCUUACCUUGGAGGACGGAUAUGGAGAAAGAUUAGGGAAUGGAUGGGCAUGGACAACCAGAUCACCACCCUGCAAAGUUCGGUCAAGUGGAUUCUCAAGAAGCAUAAAGGCUCAACCCUGAAGGCCAAAGCAGUCCGACUCGCCUUUUGCGCCGCAGCAUAUCACAUAUGGCGGGCAAGAAACGCUUGUAGAUUUGAUGACUGCGUGAAGACCGAAGAGGAAGUUAUUUCGAAGAUUAAACAUGUGGUGUAUAAGAUAUUGUUUUCCUUGUACCCACAUGACUUGAUCAAGUUUUGAGUCUGGGAGGCCACCUUACAGUUGAGCAGGAUGCGCCAUUCACGAAGUUGCACAUGGCAAUUUUUUGAAGUUUUUGCACUUUUGGUCCUUAGCUUGACCUGAACUACUAUGAUCUGUGUGCGUGCAUUUUGGGCAGCACCGAUGUAUUUUUGUUAGGGGCAGCUUGGUAUUAUGUACUAAGGCCUAUUUGAUUUUGAACUCUGAUAGAUCAAAUUAAAACCUCCUUUAACCCCUACACUAGGUAGGGGUGGGGGGGUUUUAGGAGAUCUAGAACCCUUUGAUGUAUAGGUUUUCUUUGAGUGUUAAUACAUAUUUACAUUUCAUCCAAAAAAAAAGAAUAUAUAAAAUUAACUGGUUGAUUUUC